UGUUGUUUUAGGAAUGUCAAGUGAUAAUACCCAUUUUCUCUCACGUAUUCAACCGGGGAUGGCGGAUAUUAGUAUUGUGCUACUUCUUGUGAAAGCUCGAUUAUUACUUGAUUAUUUGUAUAAAACACUCGAUAUGUCUUAAAUAUGUUAUCACAAUGCUUCUAAAAUUUCUAAAACAAAGGACAUAGUAUAAGUAUCACUUUGAUUUUUAAGCAUAAAGAUGUAACCAAUGAAAUAAAGCAUAAUAAAAUCAACAUCGUUUAGUUAUGCUUAAAUACAUGUAUUUGAAAGAAUAUCCAUAAGUUGAUCAUAUUAAUAUUGAUGUGUAUAGUAUUCUCAUUUUCUAGACUGCUCUGCACAUUAUGAAUAGCAGAUAAUAUUGUCUAAUGAAACGUCAGUAUUUAAACUAGUAAUGUUUGUUGAUAUGGUAUUUACUGGCAUGAUUUACGAUUUGUUCUUCCAAUUGCAAAGAAGUUAAAAGAGUUUAUGAAUUAAAAGCGAGUGUGUUUUCAUUUUGACCGUAUCAAUCCGAUUAAUUUUGCGUCUAAAAAUAACAUUUAAAAAGGAGUCACUGGUGCAUAUUGCAACUUUUCAAAUCACAACAUUGAAAGAGGAAGUUUAGAACCUAUUUAUUUGGUAGUGAUUAAUCAGGUAUUUACAUAAGAAUUGCCUAAAUGAAUACGGAAUAAUGUUGCUUAAGGAAACGUCAGCAUUCAUACUAGUAUUGAUUGUGGAUAUGGUAUUUAGUGAAUGUUAUGUUGGCUGCAAAUCCUGCUCGGGUUCAACUUGCACAAGUUGUGAACCAUCUUACUUUUUAUCAAAUGGCUUUUGUUCACAAUGUCCUCCGGAUUGUGAACUAUGUAACAACUUCGAUAACUGUACUUUGUGUAAGCCAAAUAAAUUUGGUUUUAGAUGCACUUCCAACUGUGAUGAUAAUUGUCUAAGUAGUGAAUGUCAUGUUCAAACGGGAGAUUGUGCGCAAUGUCAGCCUGGUCUCUAUGGCUUUCAAUGUAUACACAAUUGCAGUUUAUGCGAGAAUGAACGAUGUGAUUUACGAACCUGCUCGAGUGGUUGUAGAGCUGGAUACUAUGUGUAUAAAAUCGGUGUAGAUACAAUAUGUCAAAUAUGUCCGAAAAAUUGUAAACAUUGUACAAAUGGAAACACAUGUAAUAUUUGCAAUAAUGGUUUUCACCUCUUUAAGUUUAAUGACAAAGUUCACUGUGUGUCAUGUUUUCAAGAAACACAAUGUCCUGACUGUGUUAUUCAAGGUUGUAACCAGUGUCAAAUACACAAUGCUUCGUUAGUCUGCGCUGAUUGUCCAGAAGGACAAAUAUUCAAUGGUAAAACAUGCGAAUCAAACACAUCAUUGUGCUCGAAAGAAUGUUCUACGAAUUGUGAUAGUAAUGGAAUUUGUAAAGGAGAAUGUAAUGAGGGCUGGACUGGCGAGACAUGUUCAACACAAUGUAACAGCAAGUGUUUAAAGUGCACAAAAAAUAACAGAAAUAGUUGUCUACAGUGUAAAGGUAAUUUUCACUCAACCGAUUGCAAUUUUGCCUGCAACCCGGCAUGCAUAGUGCAAAGCGGUAGUCAAACAUGUGCUCAUGCAAGCGGAUAUUGUUUAAACGGAUGUAACCAAACAUUUUGGGGCGGAACCUGUGAGCAACCAUGUCCUGGUGGAUGUAAAGAUCUAGCAUGUGAUAGAAACAACGGUACAUGUACUGAUGGAUGUAAUAAUGGACUGAAUGGAGAUAAAUGUACUCAAAGUAUCACAAUCGAACCAUUAAGGACAACAACAACAAUAACAUCAGACGAAACUAUAACACAACAACAAAUAUUUGUGCGACGUGACGAUAAAGCUCGUUAUUUAACCAUUGGUUACUUUUCUGGAUUCGGAUCUUGUGCUGCCAUAGUAGUAUUUGUUAUAUUGUUUUACAUAAUUAGACGAAGGUAUCUGGCAAGUAUAACGCACAAAGAUAACAAACCUAACAAUGAUAUUCCAACAUAUUAUAACACAAGAACUAAUUUCGGAGCUGUUAAUGCUGAGUCAGCCGAUGUAAUAAAUAAUUACGAAAGUUUGAGUAAUAACAGGAUUCCAGAUAAUGUUUACAAUGAUCUUGGAACAACAUUGCCAUAGAUGCAAGAGAAAAGUGAUUUACUAGUGGAAACAACACAAUGACUGUAUUUUUGUUUAUAUUAUAUUCGAUACAUAUAUUACGGUGGUGAUAAAAGUAUUUCUAUUCUUAAUCACAAACAUGCACUUACGACAACGAGGUAGCAGUAUUGUCCCUUUGUGCGUUAACACUAUAAUAAGCCUUUCUUGUCCAUUUUAGAUUUUUCACAUAUUGAAUUUUCCUGAAAGUGUAAAGACUAUUGUUUAUAUUCAAGCGGUUAGGAUUCCGGAUGUAAAUAUUCAGAAUUCCUCAAAGUCGAAGUAGUGUCACUUGCCUAUGUAUGUAUACGGUAAACAUCAGCAUGGAUAAAAUAUCAUGGAUUGCCUUCUUUUAUAAUCAAGAUACUGGAAAAUUUGUUCAAACCUGUGCACAUAAGGUAUAAGAAAUUAUGUGUGCACCAGAAAGUUGAAUUAAUGAGUUAUGACCCAUAAGUAAAAAACGUUUUUGCCUGUUAAUGUUCUUUUUGUGUGAAUCCAGCUACACAGUAGCUAAUACUUGCAAUAUGCAUGCUACAAUGUAGUCGCGACAUAUAGAAAACAGAACUGUCCAGUCACCCCUCAAAACAUGUGCUGAAUGUGCAAUCAUCCGUCGACAUGUGUGAAUAUUGAUUUUUCUUGUUAUGUGAUAUUGAGGCUACAUAACAUCUGAUCCCAAUUUAAAUUUACAUUUCAUUUAGUUCCGCAGAUUGUUUUCCCUUUUAAUGUCUUUACUUUACAAACCUGCAGGAUCAGAUGUAUACUUGUAUGCAAGAAUAACGCUCUCAGACUUAUUUAAUCUUUAUAAAUGUCUCGCACAGCGAACUUAAAAUGCGUUUAAAUGCUGUAAUAUAUUGACUCGCUAUUGGUCAGCUAGUAUUAGCCACUAGCUGAUAAGCCCCGCCUAAAUUCACCUGGCACCACCUCUAUGUAGUAUCAUUAGUAAAUAGAUUUAGUAACCAGACGGCUGCGUUGUUUAAUCUCUCUACCCAUGCUUGUCCAGUAACUAUGUUAUAGCAGACAUUACAUUGGCGACGAGGAUGAUUGGAUAAUACUUUUCACUUGUUUAAUUAAUUCUAGAGGACUUGUUAAUAAUAAGUUCAGUGAUAAAGUUAUUGUGGCUAUUUUCAAGAAUAUAGGAUUUAU